AUGUCGCACGGACCAGGACUCGAUUUGUCCGGUGAGGACUUCAUCAGCCGGUUUCCCGUUCACCGAGCAUGUCGAGAUGGAGAUGUUGGAGCUUUGUUUUCUUUGAUCCAACUGAACCAAGCUCAUCUAACCGUGGAGGACUCGAGUUACGGAUGGACCCCUCUACACUGGGCUGCUCACUACGGACAGCUGGACUGCGUGGCGCUCCUGGUCCAGAUGGGUUGUGAGGUGAACACCGCGACCAGCCGCUUCAACCAGACCCCUCUGCACACGUCAGCGUUUGGAGGACAUCCACACUGCGUGGUGUGGCUCACUCAGGCUGGAGCCGACGUCAACAGCCAGGACUUUGUAGGUGAGGCUCCCAUCCACAAGGCUGCCCGCUCCGGGAGCUUGGAGUGUAUCCAGGUCCUGCUGCUCGCUGCUGCUAAACCACAUUUAAGGAACGCCAGUGGACAGACAGCAGCGGACCUGGCCCACGCUCAAGGCUUCCUCGACUGCUUCAGCUUCAUCUCCAAAACCAAGAAGCACCUGCUGCAGCUCGGUGGAGUGCACAAAGGGAACAGCGCCGCCUGUGGCCCAGUCCUGCACAGCAGAAAGAGGAUGCAGACCGCCGAGGAGGAAGGGCACAUGAAGAAAGCAAGGGCAGCUGAGAACGUGUUGGAGCAGAGUCAUGGAGGUGACGAACUGGAGAGCAUGAACAUAGACCCAGCCACAACCCUGGGCCCUCGUCAGACUUCGCCUCCUGGCGAUCAGGAGGACCCACAGUCGGCCUCCUCGCCAACUGCCAAUCAGCCGGAUGCAACAGCACCAGCUAAGCGCUCGUCCGCUGACAUGUGUGGUUCCCUGCAUCUGACCGGCAGCCCCAGCAGCUGCGUGUUCCACCCGCCGGCCUGGGGGGGGGCAAGAGGAGAAGACUGCAGGGACUUCCUGCAUUACGGACACUACCACGGCUUUGGAGACACGGCAGAAGAACUGAGUGACUACGGUCUCCAGGAGGAGCAUGGAGACAAGCAGGCUGUGUAGCAGGACACUUGAGGACAGAGGAGACAGGGUCAGACGUGACUCUCCCUCAUUAAGACAAACCCAGAGGUCGUCCUCCAUCGUCCUCCAACCCAUGGACAUGGACCAUGAUAAACAAAUGCUAACUGCACCGCAUGGUUCAUCAGUGGAGAUGCUUUUACUCUUUACAUGUGAUGCCAAAGAGAAACACACCAAACGAUUGUUUCAAUUAGAGAUACAAAUGUACUACGAUAGUUAAGGUGCAGUCAGCAUUUUUGGAGAUAAUACAUUGUUUAGAGCAUGAAGCAUUAUCAUAGCUAUCACCAGUCUGGUGACCCUGGGUUAGGGUCUUGUGAUGGUCCUGUCCUCAUAGUGGGGUUGCCAGGUGUCCAUGCUGUCAGAACUGAAGCUAACCCAGGAGACCGGGGGUUGUAGUUUUGUACUAAGCUAAAUAGCACAAAAUGUCUAUUGGGUGCACAUAAAUUAAAGCCUUAUUAAUAUUGCUGUGGGCUAUCCUAGAAGCAGAUGUGGAGGCUGUCAGACUGCUUCUUCAUGUUGCGUAGCCGAAGAUGUUCACCAUCUCCACCAGAGAAGUGCUAGAAGGGCUCCGUGUCCUCCUCUGUUCCUUAACUCCUCCAGGCUUUUUGCACUAUGAAGGCCACUUGGCUGAUGUGGUGCUGUGUCCUCCCUACCAAAGGGGCAAUGUUCAAGAAGGGUGCUUAUAUAUGUAUAUGUUGGAUGUCUUUAUAAUACUAGCCGUAGACUUUGGGAUGCUUGUUAAUCUACACCACUGCUUUUAUACUGGUCUGCUAUUAAACCUAUUUUA